AUGCACCUCCUCAUCAACAGACAGACACUCAAAGGCCUUGAUCUUGACUCUAUCAUCCGACGUAAUCUUCUCUUUGACGCUGGUCUCCAGUUUCGUCCUACAUCUGGUCGACAUAAACACGAUCUAUCCGAUAAAUAUUGGUCCGGUAUUGCACAAGAACUCCAAACAGGCUGCACCUACGUUUCCUUUUAUCUUCAAUGGAAACCCCAUGACCUCCUCCGUUUGCGCCCAAGGCCUUAUACCACGAGUACCCAGCCUCACCUAAUGCUCCCCUCUCCGAGCACCCACACUUCGCAUGCCCUCCCACAUCCGUCACCUUCUCACAGAAUUUUUCUCGAAGUAUUACUCUUUGUCACACAACCCCUUACAAGUAUACUACUAUGCGGCACCUAUGCCAAUCCUGCAACCCUCCAGAUGCAAAUUGAGCAACACACAGCUCCGGCUGCUCAUCUCAGAUCCCUCUUUGAUCUGGAGCUUAUUCAGCAAGAGCUUCACCACCAACUCUUCGAUCCAUAA